UGAUUCGCGAAUCUACCAACGCAAACCAAAGAUAAUACACGUAGAACGGGAUUGUAUCGAUACGUCUUUUAAUCGUUUGCUAAAAUAUUACUCGAUACCAGUUAGAAUGUUCAGAUAAUGAUAUCUUCAUUCCCGUCGUACGAUGAAGAGCUUCUGAACAGCGCCUACGCGAACAUAAGUCUAAUCGCUGACAAAGUCUGGACCUUCGACAAGGAGGAUCCCUUUCAAAAAUUGAAUCAAUCUCUGUCGAUUCAGAAUUACAAAUUGACCGCAAAGUACAAAGAGAAUGGUACCGUCCAUCGAACGAAAAGCGUACGCGAUGUUAUUCCUAACUCGCGUUUGGCCAGCUAUGGCAAUUACGAGUACAACGAAGACCGCGAGAACGCGUACAAGUCAGACGACAAUUCAGGUCCUGUUUCGCUACCAAAUUUCUGCUGGACGGAAGUUACCGAGCCGUGGAUGCUACCGGAGGUGGAGAAGCACUUCGCCUGGUUAACGUCGAGCGGGCCGCGUACGAAUCGUGAAUUGUUAGCUUUUACACUUAAACAAUCAGAUGCUACGGAAAAAUUGGACAGUUAUUACGAGUAUCAACGUUACACCAUCGAAAAUUCAAUGGAGAUGCAGCUGCACAUUCGCGUAACUAGCGACGCGGUUCGAAGCUUAUGGAAAGCGGGCGGCAGCAACGUUCAUCAACAAUUCCUUCAACAGAGAAUGCGCUUGCAGUGUUACAAGCUACAACAAUCUCGAGAGCAGAAUUGUCAGGGCAAGCAACAAUUCUAUUACGCGGUUCAAUAUCGACCACUGAUACUUAGGACAGAGUGCCAAACGGUAAGGACGGAAACUUAUGGAACGAGGAAACAUCCGCCGCCGGUUCUCAGCCCGGAAGUGCCGGAAUUUUUCCCCAAAGUUCCGGUAACGCGAUUCAACAGCAACAAGGAACAGAACGUUAAUCGUAUACAAUAUUUUCCAUCCCUUAACGAGCGAAGUUACCAAAACGAAUUGUUUCCUUACAACAGGACCUAUGAAAAUACCGCAACUAUAUACCAGAGUACGGGUAUACCUGUGCUAUCAGCUACCGACACGAGCACGUUUAUCAGACCUCCUCAACAAUGGUAUCAGAGGAUUCCACCGCAACCGACGCAAAUACAAAUAUCUGGCUCUUCGUCGACCCCAAUGUGCACCUCCGUGCAACCAUUGCGAACUGCUACCAUUACUCAUCAUCCCUCGAAGGUAAUAAUAUUGCAGGUGCAAGAGAAGUUUUUACAAUCGAAUCCUAUACCGAUACCGGUGUAUCAGCAUCCGAUAGAACUUUAUCACGAAACGGGACAAAAGAGGAAAAACCAAGGCGUUGAUUUUAAGAAUUUGAUACUAUUGACGAGGAACGCGAUGAAGACGCACCGCGGACAAUCGAAAAGCUCGCAACACAAAGCGUCUUAUCUGAUGGAAGGGAAAAAUCGAGGUUGCAAAUCGGAAUCGGAAGUCCUUCAAUGGCUGGAUAAAAGUUGCUCGUCGAAAACGAAGGAACUCGCUGGCGGCAACACUCUGGUAACGGAAUUGAGGAAUUUUGACGGCAGAAGCGACAAAAAGACUUCGAUUGGCAAAAGGGAGAAGGACAACGCGAGAAUCGGCGAACGAAUAAAACCAGAGGUACAAGGAUCGAAGGCAAAGUCGAUCAGCGAAAGGGAUAAAAAUGAUACACGAAACAGAAGAAGGCUUUACAGAGACGUGUUAACCAAUGCUUCCGCUAACCAAGCUACCUUGGAGAACGUGUUCGAGAAAAGGUAUAAGCAGUCGCUAUUUAAUCUACAACGAUACGACGAAUUAGAGCAGCAAGCAAUGGAGCAAUAUAGAACGUCCGAGGAAUCAUUGGCGCUUAAAUAUCAAGAGCUCGAGAGACAGGCGAUGGAACAAUACAAGUGUUGUGGAGGAAGCGUACAGGAGGAAGCAGGAGUUUCGCGUGCGCUGAUGGACGAUAAAGACACCUGCGAGAGUUUUAAACGAAAUUUUAGAGAAGAAAAUUGCUACGAUGGAGAGAAAUGUUCCGGUUUUGGACGAUGUAGUCCGAUGAAUACGGAAGAGAAGAAAGAAGAUGAUUUUCGGGAAAACAUGGAUUAUUUUGUACAAACAGAAAACAAUAAUGAAUGCAGUAUCCCUGGUCGAUCUUUGUCCGAUAAAAAUAGUCGAUCGAACAUUCUAUCAAAAAGUUUAUCUACGUUGUCUGAAGAAAUAUCUCGUAAAUCGAAAAACACAGCUAAGGGUGCAUCAGGUGAUGAAAUGAACAGAAAUGUCCGGGCAUCGUCAAAAAGGCGUCUGAUACUGGUGUCACCCUUCGAGAAAGAAUCAGAAGCCAAAUUAACAAGAUCAACCGAUCUGGAAGAAUUUUACUGUAUAACGCAAGCGAAUAAAAAUAUUUUCGGCUAUUACAAUAACUCAAAAGUGGGGAAAAUUGGCGGUGGAGAUGAGAAUAUAACUAUCGUUCAAUCACCCAGGACAGAAGGUAUAGGUCCAUUUGGAGAUAUGAAAAUGGAAGAGAUAUAUGUAUAG